AUGGGCGGCGGAGAUCUGCCCAAAGGUGUGAACCUGAGGGACGCGAUCCGGUGCGCGAUCGAGGAUUCGAGCUUCUCCAUCGUCAUCCUCAGCAGCGGGUUUGCUUCCUCGGAGUUCCGCCUCGACGAGCUCGUGCAUAUAAAGGAGCAGCACGCCACCGGCUGCCACGCCUGCUUGCCCGUCUUCUUCCAUAUCUCCCCCGACGACGUCGUCGACUCCGGAUCCAGCUCCACCAGCAGCUGCUUCCACGACUACUUGGACCGAUACAAAACCCAGUUCACUUACCGUAGAGUUCACGCCUGGAUCCGAGCACUUGCUUGGCUAGCCGGCAUCUCCGGCUGGGUCCUCACCGCCGGCCGGUCCGUAUCUGUCUAUCUAUCUAUCUAUCUAACUAUCAAUCAUACAUUUGGCUUCAAUUUUAUUUGUUUUAAACAUAUAUAUCUGGUAUUAGUCUUGCCUAAGAUUUCAAUUUACUACCUCUGUGCGGAAAGCGAGAGAGUCAUAUAUGGGCACCGAAACCCUAGCAAGGUCUAA